UGUACUGCGCUGGGCAGUGCAGUCAAUAUCCAAACACAUAUAGAUGUAUUUCCGAAUACAGUCAGUUCGAAAUCAGACAGGAUGUGUACAUCAGUAGCCUGUCCAUGGAUUCCUUUCUGAUUUCUUCUGUCUCUUUUAGACGUCACCAAUUUUGGAACUUAGUGCUCUUUGUGUGUUUUUUUGUUGAUUGUUCGCGCGUCCUUUUGGGGUGUUGUUCUACGCUCUGCGCUCCCGUAGCCUACGUUGUGUGUCGGUUGAGUUUGGAUACUAUACACUUCUUGUCUCGCUCCCACUGGCCCAGAUGACUUUGCGCCGUUCCAGCCGGAGACGUUGUUCUCCAGUCGGCUUCAGCAGGAAAACAUCCGGCUAAAGUUUGAAUGUAACGGUGACUGGGAGGUCCGUGACAACACCGUGCCCUGGAUUUGCAAUUAUCUAUCGAUUGCAACUAAAGAGCGGAUAUACAGUCUCCGCAAACAGGCUUCAUCUGUUGGAUUUAUUCAACUACUGGAUGUAUUCAAAAAUCAUGAAGACCAGUCUUGUUGAGGGGGGGCGACUCCUGUUCCUGGUUGUGUGGCUAAACCUGGUGUCUCGAGGAGUGGAUGGCUGCCCGGCCAAAUGUGUGUGUUACAGCGAACCACGGCCCACCGUGGCCUGCCAGCAACAAGGACUGUUCUCCAUCCCUACCGAGAUCCCUGUGCGGAGCCAGCGUAUAUUUCUCCAGAGCAACAAGCUGACCGUGGUCCGCUCCACCAGCUUCAGCUCCGUGCACAACCUUACCGUCCUCUGGAUGUACUCCAACAAUAUCAGCCACAUUGAGGCCGGGGCCUUCUACGGUCUGGAGCGGCUAGAGGAGCUGGACAUUGGGGACAACAGUAACCUGAGGAUCAUCAGCCCGACAGCCUUCAGGGGUCUGUCCAAGCUUCACACCCUCCACCUGCACAGGUGCGGCCUGUCGGAGUUACCUGUCGGAGCGUUCCAGGGACUGUUCUCCCUGCAGUACCUCUACCUGCAGGACAAUAACCUGCUGGCCCUGCACAACGACACCUUCCUGGACCUGGCCAACCUCACCUAUCUGUUUCUGCACAACAACAAGAUCAAGACCGUGUCGGACCACAUGCUGCGCGGCCUCAUCAACCUUGACCGCCUGCUGCUGCACCAGAACCGGGUCAUCUAUGUCCAGCCGAGGGCAUUCAGCGACCUGGGGAAGCUGACCACGCUGUUCCUGUUCUACAACAACCUUACCGUGCUGACCGGGGAGACCAUGGACCCGCUGGUGUCCCUGCAAUACCUGCGUCUCAAUGGGAACCAGUGGGUGUGUGACUGUCGGGCCAGGACCCUAUGGGACUGGUUCAAACGCUUCAAGGGCUCCAGCUCUGAGCUCGAAUGUAACGUCCCCCUGGAAUUGUUCGGGAAGGACCUGAAACGGCUGAAGAGUAACGACCUGGAAGGGUGUGUGGAGACCCCCCAGAUCCAGACCCAGCUCUUCAGCUCCAAGCCGCGUUCCGGAAAAUUCCCCUCCACUGAAAAUCCUCUGGGAGAUGGAAUUCCCAGAUGUUGUCUUCCAGACAACGAUAAGUCCUCUAUCAUCUCCGGGAAAACGAUCGCUGACCCCUCAUCUUACAACAGCCGUCAGAUCACCAACAACCCCCUCAAGGAGAAGGAGAACAUAUCCAAGACCAAAUUCAGAGAGCACGAGCGAACGAAAAACGAGACCAUCCGGAAUAAGCAGAGUCUCAACGACGGGCCUCUGGGGACCCUGUCCAACAACCUUGACCAGUCAUUGGUUCAAAUUGAAGACCUGGAACCCUCUACAGCCCCAACCAGGAAGAAAAAGAAGUGCACUAAAAAGCCCAAAUCUGACGCCCAGUGUCUCAAAGGCCAUGGAUCUACAAUGCAGGUGGCGAUGAGUUCUCUCUUCAUGUCCAUAAUCUGGAUCUGGUUCUCCUUGGCCAUGUCUUAGGACCUUAGGGCCUGGCACGGAUCUACAAUGCAGGUGGCGCUGAGUUCUCUUUUCAUGUCCAUAGUCUGGAUCUGGUUCUCCUUGGCCAUGUCUUAGGACCUUAGGGCCUGGCUGGGAUUAGAUCACAUGCUAAAUAUACAUUGCUGGGACUCACAGAUUGUUAUUAAUGCUCAUGACAAUAAUACAGAAUCCUUCUGCAGUGACCUCUGACCUCCAAUAAUAGCCUAGAGACUGAAAACCAAGAGGUCAGGUUUGGACAGAUUACCAGGGUAACAAGGACUAUGUCCUUGAAGUUAAACUACAAAAGAAGUUAAAAUACAAUUUAACAAAAUGGAUGCCUUUACAGAACACAUCAUAUCUAAUGUAUAUAAUAAAUCGGUGCCCAAAUUGUUUGUUCUGUAUGUACUUUAUUGUACCGUGUCUAAGCUACACCACUUUGGAGACUCUCCUUAUUCCUAUUUCCCUCUCAAAAAGCUUUUACUGCAACAACAGUGACUGCUGAGACAGACCACUGAAAAAAUAGGAAAAAACAUCAAUUCCGAGGGCCGGCUGAACGCACACAAAAACAUUUAUAAAAAAAUAGAUUUUCAUGCCCCCCCCAUUAUUUAUAAAAAAAAGUGAUGCAUUUGUUGGGUACUGUUAUGUUUUUUAUGUUUAUACGUAUUUCAGUAAAGACAAAUGUUUAUUGUUUCCCAGUUUGAGUUCUGUUUUCAUCACAGUAUGGAUACAGGUAGCAUUGGCUAAUAGAAAGCUGGCUAAAUGUUUUACAGAGAUUGCAAUGGAAUCAUAGAUAUGCAUUUUAUUUUACUUGUGUACAAGUAUGAAUAUAUUAUGAAUAAAAGGUCUCCUUUC